AUGCACUGCCUACACCUUAGCUUUACUAUGGCUGUUUACUGUGACUGUUUACUUAAGGCACGGUAUACUCUGCAAGGAACUCCGGUGGUGCAGGAUUUGCUAAAUAAGAUUCAUCAGGGGCUACAAGCCACUGCAAUCACGAAUCUCUGCAUCCUUACUCGAGACUCGAGGGUUGCGCCCCGGCUGGGAAGCGCGGGCCUCACGGCGGGCGGCGGGCUGCUCUGCGCACGCUCCCCUGCGGAGGCGGUGGCCGGGGGCGCACCGGUGGCAGUACUCCGGGACGGCGCAGACCGCGCAGUGCUCGACGGCGCAGGGCCCGGGGGUGCACGCCCGCCCGCCGUCUGCAGGGACCAGCUCGCCCUGGCAGCGCAGGCAGGCGGCGCCCGCGCACCGCUCGCAGCCGGGGACCGUCACCCCGCAGGGCAGGGCCGCGAGGAGGCGGAGGAGGCGUCCGGGCAUCGGCGUGUUUUCGGCCAAAAAUCUGGCGAUGUCUACGGCGCCCGCGACCUGGGACACGCACUGGGCGCGCCACUGGCGCCUGGCCUGGGACUACGUCCUCGGGGCCGCCGUGGCAGGGCUCCUCCUGGCGUGCGGGGCGCGCUCCCCGGGCCAGGCAGGGGACCCGGACCCCCGGCACAGCCCCCGGCGCCGCAGCUCCUUCGAGGGCCGGGCUCCCCCGCGCCGGCGGGAGACGAGCGACCCCGACGUCGACUGCUCCGACUAGCCCGGGGCACGCGAAUCCCAUAA